GCACUCCAGCUAUGACUUAACUGUGACACAUAUAUGAUGAAAUUCUAUGUGAUUCGGAAAGUACUGUAUGUGGGUGAAUUUUGCCAGUGCGAUUAUUAUUAACACCCUCUCCACUAUGUGGUUAAUAAUCAUAGGUUAUUACGGUCUCCUUUUUUAAUGUGAGUCAUUGAAAUGUGAUUUUUUUUUUUUUUUAACUCUACAAUAAUAGCAUGCAUUCACACUAAAUUUCAGGUUUGGUUGGGCCUGUAUCCAUGAGUGUGCUCUUGCUGGAGGUGUUCUAUGGUGGCUCCCACAAACAGCUGGUUGAUCUUCUCAAGAAAAGUGUUGAAGACUGUGUAAGCUUCACUCUGCCUGCAAAGAAAUGGCACUGGAGGGCCAGAACUUCUGCUCUGUAAUUCAUGCAAGCAGUUCCAGCAAGUUCCUCGUACAGGGUUUUGUUUACCAGCUCCGUACUCAAUCUUGCUGAACUUGUAGUCCUGCGGCCUGAUCUCGCCCGUCUAAAGAAGGUCCUCUACUUCCAUGAGAACCAGCUGGUCUAUCCAGUUCGCAAGAGCCAAGAAAGAGACUUCCAAUAUGGCUACAACCAGAUCCUCUCAUGCCUGGUUGCGGAUGUGGUGGUGUUCAACUCCGCAUUCAACAUGGAGUCUUUUCUCUCCUCCAUCUCUACCUUCAUGAAGACCAUGCCUGACCAUCGGCCCAAAGAUCUGGACCGACUCAUCCGGCCCAAGUGCCGUGUCCUUCACUUCCCGAUUCGCUUUCCCGAUGUCACAAGAUUCCUCCCUGCACACAAACGUCUCAGACAUUCAGUGCGGUGUGAUGAUAUCCACGCUCCGGCUACUCAAAGCCACGUUCAAACAUCAGCUCCAAGUUGUCCAGAGCUCACAAUAGACUCGGAGCCAUCUGAGAAGAUUGUCAAUGUGGCAGGACCUCAGCAGUCCCUGGAGCCCAUGAGUGUCACAACACGUCAGGAGACGUUGCAGAUUCAGCCCAAGUCUCGUCCGUGUGGCGAUGAGAGAGAGAAUCUUCAGCCACUCCACAUAGUCUGGCCACAUCGCUGGGAACAUGACAAAGACCCACAGCUGUUCUUCCAGACCUUACUGAAACUCAAAGAACGACAGCUGAGCUUUGAAGUUUCUGUCCUGGGAGAGACCUUCACUGACGUUCCAGACAUCUUUUUAGAAGCCAAAGAACAGUUGGUUGACCACAUCCAGCACUGGGGUUUCAUGCCCAGUAAGGAAGAUUACCUCAAAGCGCUGUGCCAAGCAGAUGUCGUCGUUUCCACGGCCAAGCACGAGUUUUUCGGAGUAGCAAUGUUAGAAGCGGUCCAUUGUGGUUGUUACCCUCUGUGUCUGAAGGCUUUGGUCUAUCCUGAAAUAUUCCCUGCAACAUAUCUGUAUUCAACACCUGAACAGCGGUGUAAAAGACUACAAGACUUCUGCAAGCGUCCGCAAUUAGUCAGACACCAUGUUACUCAGUUCAUGUUUGGUGUCCCACUGGAGUAG